UAUAGUCGCAAAAAUGAAUGAGCAGCGUUUUCCUUUACGUGUUAGACUCACUGGAGUGAUGUACAAGGACGCGGACAAGAGGUUCCUGACUGUGGUGCUUUGGUCAGAUGAGAGUGAAAUUAUUGUUUACAGGUCUUUUCAGGAAUUCAAGAAACUUCACAAGAGUUUGAAACGGAAAUUUGCUACAGAAAACCGGUUUCGUAAGUCAGAGCGAGUCCUUCCCAAGUUCCCAGCAAAAACCAUAAAGCAUAACCUUCAAAGAAAAGGUCCGAGCAGGUCGAUGCUCCGCUUGAAGUACGUCGAGAAUUACUGUACCGCGCUGUUGACUUGUGAACAGAACAUCGUUCAGAGUUUCGAAAUGAUUCAGUUCUUCAUGCCGCAAAAUCAAGAUCUAGAACCGGAUUAUGCUAAAAACAGUAUUGUAAUCAUGCCAUCGGAAGACAUCGGAAGCCAAGAUACAGAGUAUAUGGACAGCAAGCGUCUCAGUUUUGGAAACAUAUCCCAGCCCUUCCUAUCUGAGACGUACCGCUGUGUCGCCGCAUACGAAACCAAAGAUACACAGAACAGGCCGUUCAGCGUAGCUGUAAAUGAGACUGUGGAUGUGCUCAUCAAAGACAAAGGAGGCUGGUGGCUUGUGGAGAACAAGGAGAAGCACCUGGCUUGGUUCCCAGCGCCUUAUCUAGACAGCUGCGAGGAUGAUGAUGGAGAAGAUGAUCUGAGUGAGUGCCCUAUGGAAGGCAGGCUGUACUGUAUGGCAAGAUCCUAUGGGGCCACCAAAGAAGACGAGGUGUCCGUGAACAUCGGCUCUGUCGUCGAGGUUCUUCAGAAGUCUGCCGACGGUUGGUGGUUCGUCAGACACAAAGGAAAGGCCGGCUAUGUGCCCUCCAUGUACCUCCGGCCUUACUGCAACCCCCACUUGCGCUUUCAGGCGAUACAGAAGGACAUGCGCAGCUCCACCCUAUGUCUGGCACAGCUGCACCUCCAAGAGGCAGCGCCGGGUCUUACUCCACCCAAGGGGGACAGCCUCAGGCCCACUUUCAGGCCAAGGUCCCAGUCCAUGGAACUUCUGUCCUCUAGCCCCAUUCGACCAAUCACAGAGGAAUCGGCAACAAGCCAGGAAGGUGAAGGCAGGCCGAGCAUGGCCAGCGAGGGCAGCGAGCUGAGCUUUAGCGAUGACUCUGGUUCCCUCUGCAGCAGCUCCGUCAGUGCUAGCUGCUCUGACAGAGAGGAGCAGAGGCCAGGCUCCCAGGUGGCCGACACCCACGGUGACCUGGCCGACGGCCGAAACCCGCUCAGCUCCACCUCAGUUCCGAAGGUGCCUCCCCGCCCAAGAGUCCAGGAGAUUUUAUCCCGUUGUACAACUAUAACUCGCAAGGCUGCACAGACCUACGUAACCAGCCAGUUAAUGGAGCACGGAGAGAAAGAGAUUUGCUAAAACAGAGGUGCAGGACGUUAAUAAGCUUAGGCCUAAAGUAUUAUCGGUCUCAGUUAUGAUGUUUAUAACUUUUUAUUUAUGAAAUGCUAAUUUUUAAUGAAAUAGUGCAUUUUAUACUGUAGUCCAAGUUUUUAUUUUAUAAAGACAGUAAUUCAUUUUAGGCCGAUUUCUAGAAGAUGAUUAAAUGUAGUAUCACAUGAAGUUUAGUUAGUAUUUCAAAUGAUGUGUUAACAUAAAUGUCAGACAGAUAACUGACUUCUGUAGUGCUCAUUUCUCUUCAUAUGCUGUCAUACGAUUGUUUAAUCUUUAUUCAAAUAUUUCUUUAUCAUUUCUAUUUUCCAUA